AUGAACUACCCGGGUUUAAAUGUUCCAUUGCCACCAGCACCACCGUUAUCAUAUUUCCCAGUCAGUAGUCUGUCGGCACUCGCAGCUGGCUCGACCGUUGUUCAGAAUCCUGUAAACCCUUUGGUUAAUUCAUCAUCAAUGCUCAUGAACCCACUUCUUCACAACCCAAGUAGCUACUUACCAGGCUUGCCAUAUCCAUCCGUUGUUGAUCCUAGCGAGGUACAUAGUGGAGGUACGUCAUCAAAGAAAUGUGCAACAAAUACGCCAGUGGAAAGCCCACCCAGCAGUAAGUCAUCCGCAGAAACUUCAAAACCAAACAUGCCUGCUGUGCCAUCGGAAUCUACAAUAGACAGUCAGCUGCCUGGUCUUGAUGAUAGCAGUAACCAAGGUUCAAGCAAUAGCAGUAGAUCAAGCUCGUCAAAUCUUAACUUUGAUGACAUGGGAGAUCUCUCCAACUUGAUCAAUUUCACGCAGUCGAACUGGCUUAGCAACAGCAUGCAGUCGGUGGGAGAUAUUGACAGUUCACCGGGUGAUAAAAACGCUGUCAAUAGAUCCACAGAUGAUAACAGCCCUACUAGUGAGGAGAAGCAUGCGGCCGUUAUCAACUUGCCGAGUGACUGGGACAUCUAA